AGAAAUAAAACGCGCCGCUCGCAAGUCGUGACGGGCAUUGAAAAGCAGCCACCAGGGCCGAGUAAGCCGACCUUCCAGCAACAAACGUAGCCUCGCAGCCAUGGCAGCCACGCUUCCAGUCUUCGUCGUCGUCGUCUUCGCCCUGGUUCUCGCGUCCAGCCGGGCCAACGAAUGCGUAUCCAAGGGCUUCGGCUGUCUCCCGCAAUCAGACUGUCCACAGGAGGCUCGCCUGAGCUACGGGGGAUGCUCGACCGUCUGUUGUGACUUGUCAAAACUGACCGGCUGCAAAGGCAAGGGAGGCGAGUGCAACCCGCUCGACCGCCAAUGCAAAGAACUGCAAGCUGAAAGCGCAUCCUGCGGAAAGGGCAAGAAGUGCUGCGUCUGGCUCCACUAAACAAAUUUCGUCAACGUUCGGUGCCUCUUAUUGGGGUGGCGCACAACGUCGUCGUGGAUCACGAGGAUAUUGCACCGAGUUGCAAAUAAAGGUGACCAAUAAAAA